AUGUCGGUGAAGUCGAUCCCAUCAUCAGCAGCAUCGUCAGCGUCGUCAUCGUUGUCGUCGUGCAGUGAGAUAAGCAUCGAGGAACUGCAUGCCCGCUCGUCACCAGAUUUUUCCGCUGAAUUUACGAUCGCAAACAUCAAGCAGGAGCCGCGAGCCGGCACCGUGUCACCGAUACUGACACCACCACACACGCCCACCGAGGACAGCAGUAUUGGUGGGCUGAACGCGUCUCAGACGAUCAUCAGACCGUCACCGGCGUCACCACCAUCGCACCACCAGCCAGCGAACCAACCCCACCCGGUACCGAGGCACAUCCCUCUGAGCCACUAUCAUCCGUAUCAGUACGAGAUGGAGCGCUCGCGGACGGUCACCAUGCGUCAGCAACAGCAACAGCAGCACCAACAGCAGCAACACCAACAGUUCCUGCCACAGGUCACCGGACAGGAUCUGGUGGGAGCGUUCGUGUCCCAACCGGCUCCACACACGAUCGUGAGCUCCCCACCAACGACCCCCAUUGAGGCCGCAUUCCUGUACCAACAGCAGCAACAGCAGCAGCAGCAGCAGCAACAGCAGCACCAACAACACCAUCAGCAGCAGCAACAGCGUCUGUGGCAGCAGCAUCUCCAGCAAACCGGUUAUCAUCCGGCAGCGGCCGCAGCAGCUGCUGCAGCUGCCGCAACCCUUCCGGGCGCAUAUGCCCACCCCCAUGCGGCUCUCAUGCAACACUGGAUUCGCAACGCGGCCCUCUACCAGCAGCGAUUACAUCCGCACGCACACGCUCACCAUGGACAUCAUCCGUACCCGAUGUUAGGUGGUGGACGACCUGGCAUGAAACUGCCCGGGCACCAUCACGGAGGUCCUGGAGCCGCGGGUGGCAGCUCACGCCCAAAGAAGCAGUUCAUCUGCAAGUACUGCAACCGGCAGUUCACCAAAUCGUACAAUCUGCUCAUUCACGAGCGCACGCACACGGACGAGCGGCCGUACUCGUGCGAUAUCUGCGGGAAAGCCUUCCGGCGGCAGGAUCAUCUGCGCGAUCACCGGUACAUCCACUCGAAGGAGAAACCCUUCAAGUGUUCGGACUGCGGUAAGGGCUUCUGUCAGUCGCGCACUCUCGCCGUGCAUAAGGUGACGCAUCUUGAGGAGGCACCGCACAAGUGCAACGUUUGCAAUCGGACGUUCAACCAGCGCGCGAACCUUAAAACGCACAUGCAAAGCCACAGUCAGUCGGCGCAGGGUGCGGCGGUGGUGGCGGCGGUUGUGGGAGGACCCAGCCCCGUGAUGGAAGCCUCCCAGUUGGGGGUGCCCGUGUUAGACCUGUCGCAAAAAUCCUGCUCAUCGUCGAGCGAGGAAAAGGACAUCAUCGUGGAUGAGGAUUUCGACGAUGAGGAGGAAGAGCUCGGUGAGGAGGAAGAGGAGGACGUAGAGGAGAUGGAGGGUGAGGAGGAGGAACACCUGGACCUGGAGAGCGUCGGUGACGAAGGAUCCGAGCUGGGGGUUGUGGACGUACGGCGAAUGUUGCUGCUCGAGCACGCGGCUGGUGAUUCCAGCGGUGCAUUGCAUACUUCCAGGCGCAACCACGUGGCCACUACCAGCAGUACGGUCACCACGACCACAGCUCCAAAGCGAUCGCUCGGGUUUUCCAUCGACGAGAUCAUGCAGCGAUAG